AUGCCAGCGUUCAAACAAACUUUUGUUUGGAAGAACCUGCAACUCACAUUCCCUGAGGUAGUUUGGGACCCCGAUCCAUUUUUGAAGAUGACCUUGCAAGAACUCGUGGGGAUGAAAGGAGAAGAUGCAGCAAAGAAGAUAGAGGAAGAGAUGUUGGGUGCUACUGUCCACGUAGUUCAUGAAGAUAGUGAUGUUACAGUUGGUUACAAGUUGGAUCAAGUCAAGUUAAUCCUUGACUCCUCCGAAACUGUUGUCGCGAUAAAUCUUAUAAUCGCUAAACUAUAGUUGGUUAUAUAUUUUGCAUAUGAGUAAUGCUUAUAUAUAUGUAUCAUUUGUUCAUGAUGUUUAUUUAAAUAAAUAGUAGUUGAGUACUCUACUUUUAUGUAUUUGCCUUGCGAAUAAUUGUCUUAUUUUUCAAUUUAUUU